GCAAAUAAAAGCUCUUCUCAAAGGAGGUGUACUAGAAAAUUAGGAAAUUGUUCAUCAAAAUUAUUUUAUAUUUAUUUUCUCAAAAAUCAAAUAGUUACAGAUGCAAUCAAUAAGCAAUUUAUUUAGAAAGCUAACUUCUACUCCAUCUGACUCAGACACUGAAUUUAAACAGGAUAAUGGUACGCCUGUAGAUACGAUUGAAAACGCAGCUGAAAUCAAGGGAGGUCACCUGGAAAGUACCAAAGUCAUGACUGAAGAGAUGAUUGUAAUGAGAGAGACAGUUUAUGAUCUCAUAAAAGAUAUAAGGGACCCUGAGAAACCACAGACCCUUGAAGAACUGAAUGUUGUCUCAGAAGAUGAUGUAACUGUGGAAGAAUUUUCAGAGAAUAAAUUGCAUGUGAAAAUUGUAUUUGUGCCAACUGUUCCUCAUUGUUCACUAGCGUCUUUAAUUGGUUUAUGCCUUAGACAGAAAUUAGUUACCUGUUUUCCGGAGAAACAUAAGCUUGAUAUCAUGGUUAAGAAAGGUACUCAUGAAACAGCAGAUGAAAUUAAUAAGCAGAUUAAUGACAAAGAAAGGAUAGCGGCUGCUAUGGAGAACCCAAACCUACGUGAUCUUGUUGAAAAAUGUAUAAAUGAUGAAGGUGGUUACGGAUAAACAUCUUACAUAAGCAUCAAAAUCAUUUUUGUGUGCCAAAAAUUAGUUGGAAUUGCAAUUACAUAUACAGGGUUAUUUGACUAACACUGUACAAUGCCUGGCAAUAAAAAAGCUGGAGAAACCAUCUUUCCUGCAGUAAGACCAGCUUAAAUGACUAGCAGCGUUGAGAGGUUACUAGAAAAUAGAAAUGACUCCCAAGUAUUCAAGAUCUAGCUGUUUUUCAACAUGAAAACCCAAGAUUCCAUCAAUAUUUGUUGCCAGUGGCUGUGUAAACAAUGUUUUGAGAUAAGAUUUUAUUAUACUUGCUUGCCAAAAAAAAAAAAAAAAAAAAAGAUUAUAUUUUGGUGUUUACACAAAACUUUGGCUGUUUUAAAAGAAAACUGCAUUUAACCUUCAUAAAAACUUAUACAAAGGUUGUGUUCAGUGAAUUUAAUUCUGGCAAAACAGAUUUUAACAUGACUUUUGUGGUACAAAUAUAGAGGUGAUAUAAUAAUUGGAAUAUAGACAAAUGGGAAAAAUUUUGUCCUAAAAUCAGGAUUAUCUUAAAGUAAUUCCUUUCUGACUGUGAUAUGUAUAUUAUAGAUUAACUUAUGUGCUUUUAUUGACCCUUAUCCUGCUACAUUUCUAUAAUGGACUUGUCCAUCUUUCAAUUUCGACAGUACCAUUAACUGUUUUAAGGGGUGCUUUGACUAAAUAGCAAACAGUGCAGAUCAUGAUCAGACUGCACUGGACGCAAAGGCAGAAUCAAUCAUGUCCAGCAUGAUAAGGGUUAAUCUGUUUUAAUGGCUUCAUAUCAGUUGAAGUUACAGUAUUGAAUCAAAUUAGGCAUGACUUCUUUGUAAAAAGUAAAAUUAAAUUAAUAUUAAAACCAAAGAAAAAGAUUUACCUUAAAACUUGUAUAUUUUACUGUUGAUAAAUGACUUUUUCAUGUGAUAUAUUUAAUUGUGUACUAAGAAUGCUUCAUUUUAAGCAAAAAAUAUGUUCAUGUUUUGUUUGUGUCGUUUUAAAGUGCUGAAUCCAAGUCUAAUUAUUGCAAUUAAUGGUUUACUUUGUUACUGUUAUGAAUAUUAAUUAGGGACUUUAUUUUCAUGUAUUUUAUGGUUGUUCCAGUCCUCAAGAUUAAAUUCCCAAAAACGAAAAAAAUCUCUAUUAAUUUUAUAUAUAGGGAAUGUUUCAAAAUUUCAAAGCCACAGACUUGUGUCCCCACAAAAUAGCCAUAAAAUGUUUAUUACAAAAAAAUGCAAUGAUUCUACCACAUUAGUUUAAUAGGUUACAGGUAGCAAAUAAGAAAUCCAAAGAAUGUUUGUAGGGGAAGUCUUUUAGGAAUGUAAAGCCAAUCUUGAAACUGUAGAAUAAAGUAACAUUUUUCUCUAAAUACAUUUAAUGUGCAGUGACUUGAAAUAAAAUGAUGCAAAGUGAAAGAAAAGUCAAACCGACAUGAUUGUUUUAUUUAUUUUGUUAAUUAUAGUAAUAAGAAUGUAACAAUAAGUGACUUGUAGUCAAAGAUUUUACAUGAAAUAAAAAAAAAUCAUGGAAAUUGAUGUGUUUAUUAUACUGCUUGACCUACACUUAAGUUUUGUAAGGGAAAAUGAUACUUAUUGCCUACAUUUGUAACCUUGUAUCCCCUUUUCCUCAGUUGUCAUGUUAAUUUACUAUAUAUAAAACUAUAUAUAAGUCGUCGGCCAGUAUAUUGUUCAACACUUAAUUUUGCUUGGGCAAAAGUCAGACUUUGAAGAAAGAAAAAGUUCAUUUUUGAUGUGAUGUUAAAAAAAAAAACACUUCAUGAAUAGCAGGACAAUCAGUUGUCUGAACUAUUUGCUUUCAGACCUCGGGCAAUGGUUUUUACUAUUGAAUGACAAGCCGUUCCGUGUGUUUACUAUUUAAUUAAGGACUGUAACUAAUUAACAAAUAAUAUUUCUCAGACUGUGAUUUGACGUAUAUUAAAAUCAUUGUUUGCAGUUCAAAUGCAAAGAAAUUACAUCUCAAGGGCAUAGUCCAAAUGAUAUUAUAAUACGCAUCUAAACAACAAUGAUUUUAUUAAAGAGCACAUCACUGUUUGAAUUAUAUUGUUUCAGUUCUAACACAUUAUCAGUGAUUAUUAUAUACAUCCUUGACAACUUA